AUGGCGGACGAAAUUGAAUCACUUAAAACAGUGAUCGAACAAAUUACCAGCGAGAAUAAUCAAAUGAAAAUUAUUCUAGAAAUGAAACAAACUGAAUGGAUUCAUGUAGAAGAAAACAAAGCCUCUAGUACGACCAAGUCAACAUCUGUAACAUCAACACCGAAAAGUUAUGCUGCAGUGGUUUCUAAUAGCUUUGAAAGCCUUGUAGACAAACAUACUACAAAUGAAUCGUCCAAUGAUGAUCUAAGUCAUCUAACCGAAACGUCUGUGGAAAAUGAGAACUUCAAUUGUCCACCUGAGAACAUCAGUUCUCGUUCUCAAUCAACUAUCGAUCAACAAUCAAACAAGAAUGAAAGUAAUGUUGACAAUCCCAAUCCUACAAAGAAAAUUUUGAGCCCGCCAAAUGUACUCCUAAUUGGUGACUCCAUGGUCAAACACAUUUGCCAAGAAAAACUAUCCUAUGCAGCGAAAGCAAAGACUACGAAAAAGGAUUGUGGGGAAGGAAGAACAUCAAAGUUGCACAGCAUUAUUGUUCAUGUGGGAACUAAUGACUUUGUGUCUGAUGAUGUGAAUACGUCAGUUAUAGAAAUGGAAGAGAUCAUUGUAGAAGCAAAGAUACACGCACAUAAUGUUGCCAUAUCAAGUGUGGUAAAGAGGUAUGACAAUAAAGUACCUAAUUCACGGGUAGCUCACUUUAAUAAUUUAGUGCAUGAUUUGUGCAAGAAGCAUAAAUUAACAUUCAUCGAUAAUGAUAACAUUGAUAAAUCUUACCUAAAUAGAUCAAAUCUUCACCUUAACUAUAAUGGUGAUAAAGCCCUUGGAAAAUCACUAUGUUCCUACCUACGAUCAGUGAGAUCUGGAAUGAGCUAUACUCCAGAUAGUCAUUAUUUUCGUCAAAGCAGGCGAUCAAUGGGUCGCCCAAAGAACUGGACAGCAUGUUUAUCAUACCUGGCCAACAUUGCCAGAAUGUUUCAACAGUAGAUGAUAGAUUUCCACUUCACAAAACAAGCAUGAGUAGCGAUUUAUCCAAUAAAAUUAAUUGUCUGCCAAAGCAGCGUGGAUUUAAAAUGGCAUUUCUAAACAUAGUCAGUUUGCCAAAACGAUUUGAUGAAAUAAAUUUCACUAUGUCAAACAAUUUAUUUGACAUAUUUUCCUUUAGCGAAACCACACUUGACUCAACAAUAACUGAUAAUAUGAUAAAUAUAGAUGGGUAUGAUGUUAUUAGAAAAGAUAGAAAUCGAAAUGGUGGGGGUGUUUGUAUAUACCUUCGAAACUCCAUAAAUUAUCAAACUAGACAUGACCUAAUACCACCAGAUCUAGAAGCUAUAUGCCUUGAAAUAUCCAAGCCAUAUAGCCGACCAUUUGUGGUUGUCUUAGUUUAUAGACCACCUGAUGCAUCAGCUGAUUUUUUUACCAGUUUUGAAAAUUUAUUGCAAACUAUUGAUAAUGAAAAUAAAGAAAUCCUUAUCCUAGGUGAUCUUAACUGUGACCUACUUAAGCCCAAUUUCAAUCACCCAACAAAUAAAUUAAUGUCUCUUUUCGAAAUUUAUCAAUUAACUCAAUUAAUUGAUGAAGCAACACGAAUUACUGAGACAUCAUCUACACUAAUUGAUCACUUUAUUACAAAUGAACCUGAAAAAUUUUCUAAAUGUGCUGUGAUUCAUACUGGAAUCAGUGACCACAGUCUCAUUUAUGCCAUUAGGAAGAUUAAUAUAAACCAUAAAGAUAAAGAAAAUAUUAUUGAAAUUAGGAAUAUGAAAAACUUCAAUGAAAAUAAGUUCUUGCAUGAUCUUAAAAUCCAGUCAUGGGAGAAUGUCUACUUUUUGCAGACAAUCCCAACAGUAUGUGGCAAAUUUGGAAAGAGCUAUUUUUACAGGUUCUAGAUAAACAUGCCCCUCUUCAAAGUAAAAAGAUAAAAUCUAAAAAACUACCUUGGAUUACUAAUCAUAUUAAACAAAUGAUAAUCACAAGGGAUAAAUUGAAAAGAAGAGCAAUCGUAACGAAACUUGAGUCCGAUUGGGAAAACUAUAAAAGAGCCAGGAAUGAAACAAAUACUCAGUUAAGACUGGCUAAAAAAAGAGUAUUACACCAAUAAAAUUUCUUCUGAGAGCCAAAAUCCAAAAGCUGCUUGGAAGACAAUUAAUAGUUUAAUUGGUAAGCAAAAUAGACCUACUAAAGUGAAUGAAUUAAAUAUAAAUAAUGUAAAACUAACAAGCCUUGCAGACAUAGCAAAAGGUUUCAAUGAUUACUUUGCAAAUAUUGGACCUAACUUAGCAGCUGAAAUUGAUACAACUGAAUGUCAUUUUAAGGACUACCUUAAGAAAGCUGAAUCUGAAUUUACUGCAUUCAAAGCAGUUACUACAAACCAUGUUUGUUUUUUGUUAUCUCAACUAGCUGGCAACAAAGCUACUGGCUUAGAUAAAAUUUCUAGCAAGGUUGUCAAAAUAGCAGCCCCAAUUAUUUCCGAUUCAUUAACCUAUAUUUUUAACCAAUCAAUUAUUCUAUGUACAUUUCCAAAUGAAUGGAAAGUUGCAAGAAUAAUCCCCCUUUUUAAGAAUGGCAAGCAUAAUUUGGCUGGAAAUUAUCGUCCAAUCUCUGUCUUGCCUGCCAUAAGCAAAGUUAUGGAACGUAUUUUAUAUAACCAACUAUAUGAGUAUUUGUCGCUAAACAACCUCCUCUCAGAACAUCAGUUUGGUUUCCAAAAGUUUCACUCGACUGCGUCAGCCUUACUUGACUGCACAAAUGAUUGGUAUUUAACCAUGGAUGGAAAAUUGUUUAAUUUGGUUGUAUUCAUAGACUUAAAAAAAGCAUUCGACACUGUUAACCACGACAUCCUAUUGGAAAAGCUAUUACUAUUUGGAAUUACGGGCAGUGCAUUUCAACUCCUAAAAUCAUAUUUAUCCAAUCGUACCCAAAAAUGUGAAAUAAACGGCUCUACUUCUAAAGAAAAUAUUGUAAAAUGUGGCGUACCCCAAGGCUCCAUAUUAGGACCAUUAUUCUUUCUGCUAUAUAUUAACAAUCUACCAUCUUGUCUAAAUGAAACUAGACCCCGGAUGUUUGCAGACGACACAAAUAUUACAGCAUCCGGAAAUUGCAUGAAUGAUAUUGAAUCUGCAGUAAAUUCGGAUUUAGAAAGACUUCGGAAGUGGCUUAUGGCAAAUAAACUGAGCUUAAUCGUAGCGAAAACUGAAUUUCAAUUAAUUGGCACUAAACAUAUGCUUAAAAAAAUUAGUGAUUACCAGCCAGCAGUUACUAUUCGAAAUAAACCAAUAAAGCAAGUUUUCCAAUGCAAGACUUUAGGAGUUACUGUUGACGAAAAUCUUUCUUGGAAAAGAAACACUGAGAGUAUAUGUAGUAAAAUAUCAUCUGGGAUAUAUGCUCUCAAACAAAUUAAAACGCUUGUUGAUAUAAAAACACUCAUAUCG